UGUAUUUUACAAGGAACAGCAAGACAAUUGAGUGAAGAUAAUAUAUAUAAGCGUCCCAGACUUUGAAAAGGAACACAAACAUCAGUGAAAUUCUAUGUGGAUCUAAGAAUUUCGCGUUGCUGGAUUGAUUCAAAGAAGCGGGCCACGAUGGGAGCAAGCUAGCUACAGAGCAAGGAAAAUUACUGGAUUCAUUUUGGGAAGCGAGUCCAAUGCUACGUUCUGCUCCUGCACAAUGCAUCCCACCGUUGAUGAUGUAUAAAACCUAAUUGCUUGCUGAAAGUAUCCCUGGAAAAUUAACCUGAGUUCUAUAUAUUUCCAAAUAAUAUUUGGAAAUAGCCCAAUUGUAUUCACUUGAUAACACAGUACUUCAAUCAGUCCACCGUGGCGCUUUGAAAGCGUAUCUUUUCAAAAAGACAUGGGGCAUCCUCCUUUGGAGUUUAGUGACUGCUAUUUUGACAGUCCAGAUUUUAGGGAGAGAUUGAAGUGCUACGAACAAGAACUGGAAAGAACCAGCAAGUUUCUUAAAGAGGUGGUCAAAGAUGGACAUAAUGUAAUCAGUACAAUCAAGAACUACUCUUUGGCAGUCCAGAAGUUCUCCCAGACUCUCCAUGCUUUCCAGUUUGACUUCAUUGGUGAUUCCUUGACUGAUGAUGAGAUGAACAUUGCGGAGUCUUUCCAGGAAUUUGCUGGUCUGCUUCAGGAAGUGGAAGACGACAGGAUGAGGCUGGUUCAAAACGCGUGCGACCUGCUGAUCAAGCCGCUGGAGAGAUUCCGCAAGGAUCAAAUCAACGUCACGAAAGACAAAAGAAAGAAGUUUGAAAAGGAGAGUGAAAAAUAUUACUCUCAGCUGGAAAAACACUUAAACUUGUCAUCCAAGAAGAAGGAAACCCAGCUGCAAGAGGCGGAUGAGCAGCUGGAUAAGGAGAGGGAAAAUUUCUACGUGUCCUCUGUGGAAUAUGUCUAUCAAAUCCAGCAGGUGCAGGACAGGAAGAAGUUUGAUGUUGUGGAGCCCGUGCUGGCCUUUCUUCAUAGCAUUCUGACCCUCAACAACCUCACGUUUGAGAUGACGCAGGACUUCAUGCCGUAUAAACAGCAGCUGCAGUUGAGCCUCCAAAAUACCAGGAACCACUUUCUAAGUACACGUGACGAGAUGAAGGAGCUAAUGAACACGAUGAAAGAAUCUCCCGGUCUGCCGACUAAAGUUCCCGGUCAGCCGACUAUUGAGGGUUAUCUUUACUCACAGGAGAAGUGGGCAUUAGGUGUGUCAUGGGUGAAGUAUUACUGCAAAUAUUACAAAGGAGACAGGACUUUCUUCAUGAUCCCUUUUGAGCAAAAACCUGCAGGCAAGCAGUGCCCAACAGAGCUGAAACUGAAGACUUGCAUUCGACGGAAGAGCGAGUCAAUAGACAAGCGCUUCUGUUUUGAAAUAGAAACAAUCGAAAGAUGUGCACCUGUUACUCUCCAGGCCAUCUCUGAGACUAGCAGGAAGCUGUGGAUGGAAGCAAUGGAUGGGAAGGAACCGAUAUAUCAUUCCCCAAUUCAAAAGCAAGCUGAGAUGGAGCUGAAUGAAGUAGGAUUCAAGUUUGUCCGCAAAUGCAUGAAUUAUGUUGAAACAAAAGGCGUCAUGCAAGAGGGAGUGUACAGAGCUGUUGGCAGCAACAUUCAAGUACAAAAGCUUUUAAACGCCUUCUUUGACCCCAACUGCCCAGGGGAUGUGGACUACCACACCGGUGACUGGGAAAUUAAUACCAUCACAAGCUCCAUGAAAUUCUACCUCAGGAGUCUCUCUGAACCUCUGAUGACCUAUAAACUCCACAGGGAACUCAUCUUAGCUGCAAAAUCUGAGAAUCUAGACUACCGACUGGGAGCCAUCCACUCACUCAUCCAUAAACUGCCGGAUAAGAACAAGGAAAUGCUGGACUUGCUUAUCCAACAUCUGGUCAAUGUCUGCAGUCAGAGUGAGCAUAACCUCAUGACCCCAUCUAACAUGGGAGUCAUCUUCGGACCCACGCUGAUGAGGGCGGAGGACGUGACGGUGGCCGCCAUGCUGGACAUCAAGUUCCAGAACAUUGUGGUGGAGAUCCUCAUUGAGGACUACAAAAAGAUAUUUAGUGCCGCACCAGAGGAAAGCUCCGCCCCUCCCCUCCCCCCUCCCCGUGUCAACCCAAGGACACGGCAGCCAAUCACCAUCUCGAAGCGCCCCCCCAGGCCCCGCCCAGCCAUCACUCAUGGCCCAUUUGAGAUUCCUGACGUUGACCAUAGCGACGAGGCUCUGAACGGUAGCAAGUCUGAGGGAAUGGAAUCGGAGAGUGCGCCGCAAACCAGCCCUGUUCCACUACAACGGACCAAGCUAACCAAUUACGGCCCGCGGCUCUCUGCCAGGGAUACUGCUCCGAAGCAGGCGCUGAUGCCAAAGCCAUCCAGCCGGCUGGAGAGACACUCAGACUCCGAUGUCGCCAAACUGGUUGCUCGGUUACUGGAUGGUGGCCAGAGGGCAGACACCUCCGCAACCAAUGGAGAUACGAGUGUCAGCGUGAACAGAGCUUCAUCCUUCCAGAGCAGGAAACCUCCUCCUCGUGGCUUUGUUGUUGUCAAAGAUGGAGACACUGAAGGCGCGAUCAAAAUGAAGUCCCCUGUGGAGAAACAUGCCAUCUGCAGGCCGCCAGUGAGACCCCCUGACCCCCCAACCCGGAGCCCAAUGCCCAUCAAACCCACAAAUGCCGCCGGUGUGGAGGAGAACCGAGCCUCAUAUGUCGCUUCCAAAGCAAAGUUUUUCGAGAAUGCUUCGAGGUAAAUCGGAAGUUAAUUGACUACACCUUCAGCAUCUGCUUCACUAAAUGCAAAAGAAAAGAUGUUAAACCGAGGAACCCUACACCUGCCCUGGUCACCGCUGUACCUGUUACUGAUAUCUGAAAACCAGGAAAGGAAACGAGUAUAAUUGGGAAUGCAGCUAUGCAAAAAGUAAAAUGUUCAUAUGAAUUUAUGUUCAAAAAGGCAUGUGGUCAAAAGCAUUAGUGUCAGAAUCCAGUCCUGGAUGAACGCAGUCUCUUUGCUGUAUUUCAGCUCCAAAUGUUCUGGAGGCAUUAACUGGCAUAUUCCUGGCAUAUUCCUGAAAGGAACCAUACAUACCUGAAGGAACUGCUGCCUUCCAGAACUGAGGUUUGACACCUAUGGGCUCCGUUCUUCCCUAAUAAGAGUCUUUAGGUCAAUCCUUUUUCAAAAUAAGACCAUAUUCAACGUGUCUGUAAGUUUUGUACAUAUGGAAUAAAGGCCCACAGCAAAUGAUAAAACAUGAAUGCUGUACAUUAAUUAUUACUCAAAUUUGAUGGGUGGCGUGUUUUGCCUUUGCAAAGGGGUUCAGGAUUUUGUGCAGUGUGGGAGCAGCCUCACUUGCAGUCUGUAUGUUUUCCUCCUGAUGUGCUAUGGUGUUAUAUGUAGCCACAAAAUUGCAGUGUUAAUCUGAACCCAGUAAAGCAAUGACAUCAAACAUGGGUUCCAUACCUUUCUCUUCCAGAAAAUGUUAGCUUUGCAGCUUUUUACAUGUUUACUAAGCAUUGAGUUGUCUAACAUUGCAGACAGUUUUUUAAAUGUAGUCACUGGACUUGAAUGUAUAACCUGUGUAGAGAUUUUGUGUUCAUGGUUGAAUGUUUUCACUCGUUUAUUAAAUGUGAAUAAGAAAUGUGAAAAAAAAACAAUUCUGUGGUUAGUUUAAUUCAUCAUUUUUGGGAGAUACAGAUAAAAAGGUUUUCUUCAUUCCUGAAAAAAAAUAUGGGAACAUUUUAUUUAUUUUUUUACUGUUGCUGUCAUUAAUUUCUUUGAAUAGUUUUAAAUAACUAUUUAAUGGCAUCAUCAGUGAAUUAAGAUAUCUUAAUUAUAUUCAGAACUCAAUCAGCCUGGCCAGUGUUGACCCCAUGUUACCCUCUGAUGUUCCCUCAGUCCACACUACAUCAGAUUCACUAUGUUUUCUGGAAACAACAUAGCCAUUUAUAUCCUGUGUAUGUAUAUGUAUGUCCUUUCUAAUUCUAAAUGUAAACUCCAACUUUUUUCUGUAUUAGCUUCUAAUAUAAUGCAUUUUCAAACCGCAUAAGUGCAUUUAUUGUCUGUUUUUUUAAUGUGUGAAAUACCAGUGUGCAAUAUGUAGGUGGCAAUACUGUUGUAAGGGUUCUUAACAACAAAGGCCCAGCUUGGAAAGCAAUUCAGGUCUGUCCUCGCAGUGCUUUCCAUUUGGAAAAUAAUAUGAUUUCUGCAUUAGAUGUACACAUGUUUAUAUGUCACUGUAUCCAGCAUAACAUUUGUAAGAAAAACGCAAAAUACUUCACUGUUAUUCUGAGACAUCUGUAAUGCUGCAGAAUGCUUGUGCUGUUGUUUUGUCUGAAGCAGUUUCCUGAAGCAAUUCCAAUGAACUGGGCUUCUCACAUGA